GUGAUGAUCCACAGCAGGGUCAACAAUAUUGGUCACCAUAAAAAAAAUAUGGCAUUUCUGAGGCACUUGGAUGUUUUUUUGGAUGGAUUGACUCAGCAUUUUUCUUAUCCACAAACUACUUACCUAAGAGAUCGUAUCAAACAGAGUUUUUCAGCAGCAGAACUCUCUUGACUCGAGGCAGUGAAGGCAGAAUCCUCCUCGCUUCCCACCUCCAAGCAAAGCAGUGAAAUAAACAGAGAAAUGUUACUGCAGAACCCAAAAUUCUCACAGUCACCCCCACAAUUACUUCGCGCUCCAACUGCAGCACAACUCCAUAACAUUCCUGCUUCCCCUUGUUUUCCCAUCCCGAAACAGUUCAAAUUGCCCCGGCGACAACUUACAAUUUGUGGCAACUCUUCGUUGCUUCUUCUGUUAGGUUCUCAGGCCCUGGGACCACGGUAUCCGUCCAAGGCACAGGCGGAAGAAAAUCCACCAGAUAAUAAUCCACGGGAAGAGAAUGUUGGUACUCCUACUCCUAAUUGCAGCAACAAAGUUCCUAACAAACGAGCUUUUCUUGAUAUGGCCAUUGACGGAGAGCCCGUUGGUCGCAUUGUUAUUGGACUAUACGGAGAUGAUGUUCCAGCUGGGGCCGGCAUGUUUAGUCGUAUAGUUAGUGGAACUACUGGAAUUAGCUACAGAAGAAAAGAGUUCAUUAAGAUCAUGCCAAACUACGUGCAACAUGGUGGAUUGAGAUCUUAUGGUGUUGAUGCUGAGCUUGCGAAUAAAAGUGGAAGCAAUCUGGCAGUUGAAAAACUGCGGGAGGAAUGGGAGAGAGUAUAUGACAAGUGUCCAGGAGUUAAGAACUUGGCUGGAACAGUGAGCAUCAUUGUCAGGGAUCCCUCUAAACCGCCUCCUAAACUGAAGCUGGUUGCACGAGAGGGGAAGCUGGAGAUUGAUCAAGAAGAGAUUGGAAAAGACCCGAAUGGUACAGAGUUUGUAAUUGCUAUCAAGGAUUCCCCAGAACUGGAUGCUUCAGCUCUUGUGGUUGGGGAAGUCUUGGAAGGAAUGGAGGUUGCAAAGAGAAUUGGACAGGUCAAGACUGUGCAAGAGAACACAAGUUCUCCUUACUUCAGAUUUGUUGGAGAUAAGAAGCCAAUGAAUGCUACCUCCAUCCAGACUUUUGUUUCCCCCACAAACCCACUUUUCAUCCUAAAGAAACUAGUAUUUCGACUCUAUUCUUGUUCUGAACCUAGAAGAACCAGGCAAAGACCAUCUUUCCAGUUUCUUUCCCGGAAUGAAAAUCACAAUUAGAAAGCUAGAAAAGGAGGCAAUGCCAACUGCUGCUCAAAAAAAUUGUAUCUCUGCCUGAAACCUUGCCGAAAGCUCGAUUCCUUUACAUAGGGUGAUUUGUAUUUCUACACAUCUUAACUGAUGAUAACUGACAAUUCCAAGUUCUAUAAUCUCAAGGAAAGAAAUAAUAACAACAUAAAACUUUUGUUUGGUGGGCAGGGUGGCCAAGCUAAUAGGCGAUAAAAGAGCUGUCGUGGCAGAAAGAGGCUUCAACCGGCCUUACUCAAAGGUGGUCGUCAUAA